AUGCUUGCUCCCAGCCGAGGUCCCGUCCUCGGAAAGGCGAUAUCGCAAUCGUCUGCAGUCACGCUGCCGAGUUUCCUCGUGCCAGCUUUCCAGACAUGCCCACCUCGACGGCAAUUCUCCAACACGGCCAGCAAGCCCUCCAAACUAGGCCGCACGCCCAUAUCGAUCCCACCCGGUGUUGAGCUUUCCAUCGGCGAUGCUAAAGUCAAGAGAGACCUCACGACGUACCUGCGUAUCCCAAAACGAACCUUGACCAUCUCCGGCCCCCUGGGCAAGCUCGAACUCGAAAUUCCGCCCUACCUGACCAUCAACCACGAUGAGACAACGCGGAAGGCGCUGUUGAGCAUUGAGGAUAGAAAUCAGAAGAAACAGAUGGAGAUGUGGGGCACAACAUGGGCAUACCUUCAACGCCACAUAAUCGGCGUUUCAGAGGGCCACACAGCAAUCCUGCGUCUCGUCGGUGUCGGAUACCGAGCGACGGUUGAGGAGCGCCCCAGCAAGGCAGAAUAUCCAGGCCAGAAAUUCGUGUGUGUGAAGCUAGGGUUCACGCAUCCUGUCGAGGAGCCCGUGCCAUUCGGCAUGAAGGCUAGCACGCCGCAACCGACCAGAAUUCUGCUGGAGGGCAUCAACAGGGAAGAGGUUAUGUCGUUCGCUGCAAGGAUACGCAGGUGGAGGCGGCCUGAACCCUACAAGGGGAAGGGUAUCUUUGUCAACGAUGAGACUAUCAAGUUGAAGCAAAAGAAAAUCAAAUAG